CAGGCGGGGAAGACGCCCACAGCAGGCGUUGUGUCCAGCCGGUGGCCGCUCCUCGCGCUCUCCUGGAACUCGGACUCGCAGCGAGGAGUCAUGGGCUUCGGGAAGUCCUCGCCACUCCUGGCUUUCAGCAUCUUGGUCCUGUUCCAGGCAGGCAGCCUCCAGGCAGCACCAUUCAGGUCCUCCCUGGAGAACCUUUCAGACCCUGUUACCCUUAGCGAGAAGGAAGGGCGCCUCCUGCUUGCUGCACUGCUGAAGGCUUAUGUGCAAGGGAAAACCAAUGAACUGGAGGAGGAGCAGGACACCGAGGGCUCCAGCAUCACUACCCAGAAGAGAUCCUGCAACACUGCCACAUGUGUGACCCAUCGGCUGGCAGGCUUGCUGAGCAGAUCUGGGGGUGUGGUGAAGAGCAACUUUGUACCCACUGAUGUGGGCUCCGAAGCCUUUGGCCGUCGCCGCAGGGACCUUCAGGCCUUAGCUGCUUAAUGACUCCAGGAAGAAGGUUACCAUGAAGCUGAACUCACCACUUCCUUUAAUUUCUGUUGAAAACAACUUGGUGAGAAGGCCCCAUGGAAGAUGUACAUGUUUGCAUCCUAAUAGAUAUUGAACCAAGAUACCUUUGUCACUUGAAAGGAAUGAAACGGAAUGCAAAAUAAGUUAACUCCAUACUUGUGUGCAUCCUUUUUAUAUUUGAUUCUAUGUGCAGUAAAAGUGAUGGCAUCUCUCAUAGGCUUUUCUGGUAGUAAAUUGGUUUUUUUUUUUUGAGAGCUUAAUGUUGUUUGUGACCACUCGGCCAUACCUUGAAGGUACAUGAAGUCACUGCCUCUUAUGGGUCUGGGGACACAUGGUAUUGAUGAUGCUAUGUCUUGUUAACUAAAAAUAAAUGAUGUAUUAUUUGUUUAAGGCAAUGUCAAAAUAUUGUGCAUUUGUGAACUUCAUCAAGAUUAAAAACAUAUUUUGAAUACACUUA